CGCUUACCCUUGCAGCUAUCCCUAUCAAGCCAUCCACGUUUUGGGCCCUGUUUCGUAAUUUCGCUGCUCUCGAACACUGACACAGUGAUUUCCAUGUGUUAUAGGGUUAGUUUUGUAAUUUGGGCUUCCAUUAAGCAUUUUUAUUUGUUUGUUUAUUUAGUUUUUUAAAGUUGGAAAACAUAAAAUAGAAAUAGAAGGAGUUGGAAGGUAUUCAGGGGAUAUUUGUCAGUGUUUUUAGAAGCUAUUUUGCUUUCACAGACCCAGUGUUUCUUAGAGAGAGAGAAAGAGAGACAGAGAGAGGGGGGUGGAGUUGAUACUUCCCUCUGGAGUCUGAACUGGUGCCCCAUUUCGCCGGAGAGGUGAGGGUCUCCGAAACCAUAAACUUUAAGCUUUUUUCUUCAAAUUGUGGCGACUGCUUUAGAGUUGGAGUUUAGUGGGGAUUCUUGAGGUUACUGGGGGUUUCAACGACAUGCAAGAUAUACAUUCAAUGGGUGCUGGAGGAGGCCGGAUCUUUGGAGGUGACCGGAGGCUGCGGCCGCACCAGAACCAGGCCUUGAAGUGUCCGCGCUGUGAAUCGCUCAACACUAAAUUCUGCUACUAUAACAACUACAACCUCUCUCAGCCUCGCCAUUUCUGCAAGAGCUGUCGGCGGUACUGGACCAAGGGGGGCGUCCUCCGUAAUGUUCCUGUUGGAGGCGGUUGCCGGAAGACCAAGCGGUCCAAGGCGAAGUCGUCGUCCGACGCUCCGCGUGAGCGGAAAUCGAACUCUCAUUCCAGUAGCGAAAGCUCGAGCCUUACCGCUACCACCACCGCGGCGGCGACGACCGCCACGACGGAGGCGGUGUCGGCGCCCUCUUCGAACGCCGCGUCGACGCUGGUCGGUUUUCGCGAAUCGAGAUUUUUCGCUUCCCAAAGUCCAAACCCAAAUUUUGAGAUGCCGACGUUGCUGGAUCACUCGUCGGACGGUAACAUUUUCCCUGAGAUCGGGAGCUUUACCAGCUUGAUGACGGGGUCGAACGAUCCAGCGGGUCUUGGAUUCAAUAUUUCCGACAUUUCACCGUUCAAAUAUCAAGAACAAGUUGAUCAGAAUCAACAGUGGCAACAGCAGCAGCAGCAAAAGAUGUCCGAUGAGUUGAAGAUGCAGGAGAUCACCGCGGGAUUUCUUGAUCAGACUGUUCAGGUGGAGUUAUCAGCGUUGCAGAACAGGUCAAACCAUGGCGGAUUCCCAUCGUUGGAUUGGCAGACCAGUGGUGAUCAAGGUAUCUUCGAUCUUCCUGGAAACGUUGAUCAAGGCUACUGGACUCAGAGUCAAUGGUCCGAUAACGAUCACCCUCUCUAUCUCCCCUAGCCUCUCACCAUUUAACCACAACUCUCAAAGAAAAUUUGAAGAAAUGAUUCAAAAAGAAAAACAAAAAAAAGGAAUUGAGAGAGAGAGUAAGAUGAAUAUGACUGUUCUCUUAUGUAAAUUUUUUUCAGAUAUUUUUUUUUUUUUGGGGUCUUAUUUUGAUGAUUCUGGAAGGUGUUUGGCUUUGAUCUUGAUGUUCAUCUGCAACUAACUUUCAUGUUAGUGUCCUUUUUUCCCCCUUGUUGGGGUUUUCCUUUUUUCUUUCUAAUGUAUUUCCAAUUAAAUUAAUCAAAUAUAGGAAAAAUAUAGAGUGUUUUGUUU